UGUGUCGGCAGUCUCGUGUCAGGCAGAUGUUUGCCUCCAGGGCCUGCAGGAAGUCGGUACGAGGGAGAAAAGUAUCUAGAGCAGUUCCAUGGAGAAGGUGUGGCAUAUUUUCAGGGAGGACAUGUCUACAAGGGUAUGUUUUCAGUAGGAGUCAUGCAUGGACAUGGUCUGUACACAUGGGCAGAUGGCGUGAAAUAUGAGGGUGAGUUUGCAUUCAAUGUGCCCAUGGGCCAUGGGACAUACACCUGGCUGGAUGGUAGCUGUUAUGAGGGAGAGGUGUGCAGUGGAAUCCGCCAUGGUGUGGGGACAUAUAGGUGUGCUAAUUCCUCUGUGAUAUACAGAGGGCAGUGGCAUCACAGCAAAAGGCAUGGAAAGGGUACAAUAUACUAUAACCAGGAAGCGACGUCCUGGUAUGAAGGAGAAUUGGUAAACAAUAACAGAGAGGGAUGGGGAGUCCGAUGUUACCCCUCUGGGAACCUGUAUGAGGGCCAGUGGAGGAACAACGUGAGACAUGGAGAGGGCAGGAUGAGGUGGCUGCCGCUGGGUCAGCAGUAUAGCGGGAUAUGGGAGAAUGGGGUCCAGCAUGGACAGGGGACCCACACAUGGUUCCUGAGGAGAGUGACGGGCUCUCAGUAUCCCCUAAGGAAUGAGUACACUGGGGACUUUGUCCAGGGGCUGAGGCAUGGCCAGGGCAGCUUCUACUACGCAAGCGGUGCUCUUUACAAAGGAGAGUGGAAGGACAACAAAAAACAUGGACAGGGAAAGUUCAUUUUUAAAAAUGGACGCAUAUUUGAAGGGGAGUUUGUGGACGACCACAUGGCAGAGUUCCCAGCGUUCUGCCUGGAUGGUUCAAACACCCCUGAUCUGAGUGGGAUUAGAACACACACUCCCCAUCCUGAGGACGGUGAAUCCCCCAGAAGAGCACCAGGAGGAGGCUCAGGCUGUGGUCCAGCCCUGCUUGGGCCUGACAUGGCUCUGGACAUCACUGCUCUGCUGGAGAACCUCCCAGAGAACCAGAGAGACCUGCAGCUCAAACAGGUGGAAUUUGUGGUGCUGAGACACAUAGCGGAGCUGAGGGCCAUCUAUAGCUUCUACAGCAGUCUGGGCCAUGAUCAGUCCCCAGACAAUACCUUCUUGCUGUCCCGCCUGCAGCUCUGGAGACUCCUCAAGGACUGUAGCAUCCACCAGCAAGGCAUCACCCUGGCCCAGGUCGACCGCUACAUCUGUGCAGAGGAUGUCCCUUCCGAGGAGAUCCACUCUCCCUUCAGCACCAUGCUGCUCAGAAGGUUCCUCAGCUGUGUUGUGGUUCUGGCCUACAACACCUACCAUAAGGACAUAGAGCCCUCUGAUACCAUACUGGUUGCAUGUUUGUCCAAGCUGAUGAGGGAGAACAUCAUCCCUAAUGCCAAGAAUGUAAAAGGGCUGUUGUUCCCCAACCCCAUGCAUGCUGUGAUUGCUGGCAACUACAUUGAGAGGUGCUGGGAGAUCUACAAGGCCUUCUGCAGAGCCAACACAACCCCCCUAGCUGACCAAACCGUGACUGUCAGGCACUUCAUAUGGAUGUUUAAGGACCUUAGUCUGUUUGAUGCUGAGCUGACCACAGGGAAACUCCUAGAGAUCCUCUCUGUAGAGAACCCAGCUGCUUACGACCGCUACUACUGCAACCUAGACCUAGAGAUGACGUUCCUGGAGUUCUUUGAGGCGUUGCUGGGCUGUGCAGAGGUUAGCGAUCAGAGGGAUGGUCAGACAUCCUCAGACAGCCAGAUGGAGAGCUGCCUUCUGGCUGACACCAGGAGGGUUUCCCCUGGGGAGAGGACCAGAGACAGCCCUCUACAGAGGUCCUCACAGCGGCAUUCCCCUCUGACUGGACUUACUGCAAAGUCAUCAAACCCAUCAAAAAUCUCUCCUGGUGUGGGUAGUGUCAAAUCACUGGAGAUGGGAAAAUCCAAGGAGAUUCUCCAGUUGUCUACACCUGAAGAGAUGGAGCCCAGACAGAGUCCCAACGCAGCAGGCAACCUCACAUCACAGACUGGGGAGCCUGUUGAAGACAGGAGUGGAGCAGGUAUGACUUCCUGCCCUUCUGAGACUGAACUGGACAGCUGGGUCCAGAGGACCCACCAGUUCUUUACCCAGAGGUUCUUCCCAGCGUACGAGUACAGCCUGGAGCUGAGGAGGGAGGUGCAGGAAGAGAGGCUGAGGCAGACGGCACUAGCCCGCAUCGCUCUGGCUAAGGCCAAGGAAGACGCCAGGUUGAGGGAACAGUGGGAGGCAGAGGAGGAGGAGAGACGGAGGGAAGAAGAAGAGGAUGAGGAGGCAGAGCGAGUAGAAGGGCCAGAGGAUGACCUUAACCCAUCUCCAGCGGCUCAGACGCCUGUGGCCUCCACCACCUCUGUGGUCAUCACCAAACAGUCGCCUGCCACCGCAGCCAAGAAGAAGAGGAAAUAGACUGUCAGACCAUCCAUACAACUGUAUGGCCAGAUUAAACCUAGUCCUGGAUAAAAACUGACCUUUUCAGAGCAGUCAUAACAGUCCUCGAUGAUGUCAAUAACAUGCAUUUCACACUUAGUUCCAGGAGUGGGACACGUGUUUUGUGAUUCAGUCAUUGUUUGGUCGUUGUGGAAGAAGAGGCAAAAAAAAAAUUCUGUUGGUAGCAAAUUUGAAGAAUCUACAUUUUAUUUACACACGCAUAUUCAAUAUAGCAACAAAGUUGAUUUCGUAUAGAAAACCUGAACACCUGGGCUCCAUAUAGAAUGUGGUUAAUAGUUAACACUACCUGGUGCCUUUUUGGUAUUAAAUAAUAAAAUAGUACAGAUAGCACAAAACAGUGUAAUGAAAGUUACAAAAAACUAUUCUAACAAUGCAUAUAAAAAAUAAUAUUUUUGAAACUAUAAACUAGUGUAGCAAAAUAUACAACAGCAGUUAUGCAAAUCAGUCUCAUCAGUUGCUCGUUCUGUCAGAGGGAGGUGUGAACGACAUGAGGUCACUGGGGCACAUUGACUGUCUGACUCAACUGGCUGGAGAGGAAAUGGGGACAGCAUGGCUUAGUUGAGGAAUGCAUACCUAAUAGUA